GAGUGCCACCCUCCUCCCCUAUAACCUCUCCACACUCGUCCUUCCUAGAGCUGUGUGACCCCGCACCCCCACGACCAGUGAUUGAAGUGACUGCGUCAUCUUCACGAGGCUCCCACCAUAUACGCGAACCCACAAGCAGCACUGCUCAACAUGAAGCACCACCGUCAGCUGCUGGUGCUGGUACUGCUGCUAUGCAGCGCAGCCAUAUUCUCACAUGGUGUUGAGGCUGCAUCGAAGAAGACAAUUAAGGCAUCCUCCAACAUUCCGUCUUCAUGGGUGAAAAAGGCCACACCAAAGAAGGCGAGCAUCAUGUCCUUUGACUUGUACCUGAACGCCCCGAAUCGAGCGGGUCUCCACAGCAAGAUGACCAGUAUCUCGAAGAAUCCCAAGGCGGCUUGGCUUACAAACGCAGAGGCUGCCGCCUACGUGACCCCUUCCACUACUUCGAGGAAUGCUGUGAUCAAAGCAUUGAAAGCAGCCGGUAUCCCUUCUGCCAAUCUCACUUGGUCGACCUUGAAAGAUCGGGUGACAGUCAAGACGACGGUCAGCAAGGUUGAGUCCUUCCUUUCCACUACCAUCUCAUCCUAUAGUCACAAUGGCGAGAUUGCCCUGCCAAAGGCCAAGAGUGUCACUCUGCCAAGCAGCAUUUCUGCUCACGUCUACUCGGUGGGGACUCUUCUUGCCUUUGGAAGCCCCUCUCUGAACAGAGAGAACUACCAGAGCGCCAGCGACAUCACUCUGAGCAAGCGACGUAUGUUCGAGUACGCCAAUGAGCAUGCGGACGAGUCUAUGAACCUGGCAAAGAGGACCACAGCACCCCCCUCUACAUGCGUGAGCUCUGGUGGACACUACUACAACUACCCUCGAUGCUUGAUCGACUACUACGGACUGCCGCAAACAUCCAAGAGUCUGGCCAGGCGCAAUGAUCUGGCCAUCAUUGGUUACCUGGCAGAAAACUUCUCGCAGUCUGAUCUUACUACCGCCAUGAAGGCUUUCCGAACGGAUCAGCCUAACGCUGCAAAGUACCAGAUGUAUCUCAAUGACCUUCUUGGCGCCACCAACUCUGGUUCAGACCCCUCUGGAGAGGCUGCUCUGGACUCGCAGAUUGCUGUAGGCUUGACCUAUCCUCUUGAGAGCACCUACUACAACAUCGGUGACAAGUCUGGCACUACAGUGGGUGCCGACACGGGAGACAUCUUCCUGUCUGCCUUCCAGUACUUCCUCGAGCUAGAUGCGUCUGUUCGACCUUCGGUGAUCACCGUCUCCUACGGUAUCUUGGAUGAAGCUUCCAUGACCUCCACUGCCGACGCCAUGUGCAACGCUGCUCAGCUCCUGUCCGCCCUUGGUACAACGGUUGUCUUCUCGGCGGGCGACUCUGGGCCAGAUGGUACAGCCCGAGCUCAAAGCACUCCCUACCCCGACGCCAGUGGCUCCUGCUUGCCAUUGACUCCCUCGUACCCUUCUGGCUGCCCUUACAUCUUGUCAGUGGGCGCCACAACGGGCUACUAUGAGGCUGAGCAACCCGUCUACUAUGGUACGCCCUCGGGUCUCUCCGGCUACAACUGGGCAUGGGCUACAGGUUCUGGCUUUUCCGAAAUCUGGAGCACGCCAGACUACCAAAGCUCGGCACUUUCCAAGUGGGCUGCUCGUUCGAAUUCUCUUUACUCGAGCGCCACAAAGGGCCAAUAUACUUCUACAGGUCGAGCCUUCCCGGACGUGACUGCGCUGGGCGUAGACUACCCCAUUGUCAUCGGUGGCAGCGCCUACCUGCAAGCAGGAACAUCAAUGUCCAGCCCCGUCUUUGCAGCUCUACUGGCUGUUUUGAAUGGCGAGCUACGCGAUGCAGGACAGCCUACUGUUGGGUACGUCCAACCCAUGUUCUACGCGAACCCAUCGGCAUUCAAGGACAUCACCAUUGGCGGUUCUUGGUGGAAGUGCGGAGCAGGAACCACCACCACGGCGCAGACCUAUGGAUUCAAUGCGACCGUUGGAUGGGAUGCCGCUAGUGGACUGGGCUCUGCCAAUUACUCAUCCUUGGCGGCCCUCUACGGCCUCUGAGGAGCGGCUUGCUUCGUCGCUUAUGCGCGUCUUAGGCAGGUGGGCUUUUCGCGCCCCAUAGCCUUCUCCUCAUUGCGGACGGACAAUUGUUGCUUGCCUCGUUGUUCAUAGCGGUC